AUGGCCGACCCUACGCAAAAGGUCUACCGCGCCUGGCCAAGCAGCCCUCCAACCUAUCAGCAAGCAAAUACAGGCUCAUCUGAUGUGACGCAGAGCCGAGAAUGGAACUAUUCACUUUUCGACUGUUGCUCGCCAAGCACGCUCUGUCUAACAAGCUGUUGCCUGCCAUGUCUGACAUACGGCAAAACCCAAACCAGAAUCAAAGACACAAGCCUACGAAGCUUUAGCUACGUGAACGGCCCUUGUGCCAUUUGGGGUUUUCUCAGUCUAGGGGCUAUGCAGUGGAUUAUGCAAACUAUCACCCGUGGUGAGAUGCGCCAACAAUACGGCAUCGAAGGUUCCUGCUGCGGUGACUGCUGCGUGUCAACCUUUUGUGGCUGCUGUGCUCUGAUACAAGAGGAGAAGGAAGCAGAGCUUCGAACGAGGCCUGAGCUUGUCGGCUACCAGAAACCACCCGACAUGGCUAUGCCAUAG